AGGAUAGACCGAGUCUUCGAACGGAAGCGAGGCCACUCUGGUCAUGACGUCAUAUCAUGUCAAAGAGAAACAAGAUGGCGGAUCCUUUGUAUUGUGUAUGUAGGCAACCGUACGACCCAACUCAGUUUAUGAUUCAGUGCGAUUCUUGCGAAGAAUGGUACCACGGAAGUUGUGUUAGCAUUGAAGAGCACCAAGCUUCAGACAUUGAGCGAUACCACUGCCCAGAUUGUGCGUUACUACACGGGCCACUUACGCUAAAGAAAAGACGCAAUUGGCAUCGUCAUGACUAUAGUGAAAUUGAUGAUGGAUCAAAGGCUGUCCAAGCAGGGACAGUUGCAUUUAUCAAAGAGCUAAAAACCAGAAAAUUCAAGGAGGACAAUGUGAUUCUGAGGUUGGAAAAUGGCACAGAUCUGUCAACAGAGUUUUUCGAGUCACAUGGUUUCAACAGACCUAUUCUUGUUGCCAAUAAAGAAGGCCUGGGAAUGGUUAUACCAGACAAAAAGUUUACUGUCAUGGACGUUGAGAGGCAUGUUGGUUCCAUGAGGGAAUUAGAUGUCAUUGAUGUCUGCAGACAGGAGGAUCGUCGUAUGCGCAUGAGAGAAUGGACUGAGUAUUACAUGAGCCCUGUCAAGAAAAAGAUUUUGAAUGUUAUCAGUUUGGAGUUCUCGAAUACAAGUUUGUCGCCUCUUGUUCAUGCUCCAGCCAUUGUGCGAGAUAUUGAUUGGGCCAGUCAUGUGUGGCCAACAGAUCUUCCUGAUGACAGCCCACACAAGAAGCCUUUGGUACAGAAAUACUGUUUAAUGGGUGUGAAGAAUUCAUACACAGAUUUUCAUGUUGACUUUGGAGGCACCUCAGUGUGGUAUCAUGUUUUGAAGGGUGAAAAAGUGUUUUACUUUGUGGAACCCACUGAAGAAAAUUUCAACCAAUAUGAAAAAUGGGUUUCCUCUGCUCGGCAAAGUGAGGUGUUCUUUGGGGACAUGGUAAAGAACUGCUACAAGUGUUCAGUGAAGCCUGGGCAAACCAUGUUCAUCCCAACAGGUUGGGUUCAUGCAGUAUUUACACCAGUUGAUUCACUGGUGUUUGGAGGGAACUUUCUCUGCACUUACAACACUGAACUUCAGCUGAGGGUCUAUAAACUUGAAAGACAACUCAAGACACCUGAUAAGUUCCUUCAUCCGUGUUUUGAGUCAAUUAAUUGGUACGCGGCAGUGUAUUUACUCGACAAGAUAAAAGCUGUCCAUGAAGCAGGCAGAAAACCGCCUGUCAGUGUAGUUCAGAGUUUAAACAGUCUCGUCGGAGCACUUAAGGAGUGGAGCAGAAAAGGAGAGGCAUUCACGAAGCUUCACAAGUUCUUCAUUCCUGACAGUGUAUCGCCGAGCAAACUCAUCAAGUCUAUCGCUAAAGAACUGAAAAAGACCGAGAAAUCUGGAAAAACUUCAAGGCCUUCAACUCCUAAAAUUGACGAGAACUAUCAACAGGGAAGUGGGAGUCCUGUGUCUGCGCCGUUGGUUGACGGGUCUGUGCCACGCCUAAAAAUCAAAGCUCCAAAACCAGACAGCAAAAAUGUUUAUAGUCCUAAAAAUACCGGAGAAUUUUUAAAAUGUGAGCUGGAUGACAAUAAGCCCGUGAUAAGAAUAGCAAACACUGGACCAGAUUUAAAAAGAAAAGCUGAUCCACUUUCAACAAGUCUUCCCUCGCUUAAGCUGAAGAUUCCGCGAACGCAGGAACAAUUAGCUGCCGAGGUGGAGUCGCAUGGCGACAACGUGCAGCUCAGUGCUCCUGUAGACUCUAGUCUCAAGCUUGUUGUAUCCAAUGGGAAAAUUAUCAAUAAUAACAAUCGCAGCAGUAGAAAGAUAGCCGGUAAGAAAUUUCAGCCGCUGUCUCAAGAGAUGUCAGACCGAGGCGAUGUCCCGGAUGGUUCAUACUCUUGUUCUCCGUCCAAGCAAGGACCGUUGCGGCUGAAACUUUCGAUGAACAACAUGCCCAAAAAGAACGCCCCUUCCUACCCCACCCACACGACAGAGAGUAGCAGCGACAACUCAGAUAAUGAACUGAACUUUAGUCUCGGGGGAACUCCCAGCUUCGUCCCUGCGCAGUUAAGAACAACGCAUGGAAGCCUGGCGACAACGUUUGGGCUGCAGUCCACCGGAUCAGCUUCCCGGAUUCCACAACCUGUGGCCGGUUUGGACUGGACCUCAGCAACUGAUCUGAAGGAGGAAAUCGAAGCGGCGAAAACCCUCUUGUUCGGUCUUAGUGCUGGCGCUGGUGUUAGUCCACUUCAAUCUUCUUCUACUCAAUCUAUCCCCAGUACCUAUCGGAAAUCAACUGGUGCUCAGUCUUCGCAGUCCACUGUAGCACACAGUACAUCCAAGUUGAACUCCAAGCGUGCAGGAGGCGAGAGUAACUCUGAGGGCGAAGACGAAGAUCUUGGAUUUGGUGACUCGGAAUAUUUUCACGACAGUAAAUAUGUAUAUCCACCACUCGCUGAGAUGACAGAAGAAGACAAAAAUAAUUCAUGGAAGCCCGGCCAACGAAAGAAAAAAAGCGAAAAAGUAGAUUCGACGUGGAAUCCGAAAAGUAAAUUACUUUGUUCGCCAUCGCGGGAAGUGAGGCCAAUUCGUCAAACAUCCAGAAGAAGCACUACUGGUAGUUUGCUGAAUUCACCAUUGGAGGAAAGUGCUCCUGAGGGACCUACUCCUCCCGGUGAAAGUGCUAAAGGAAGUGAUCGAGGAACCGCCAGCGGAAGUAAUUCAGGAGCGCUGAACGGAAGUGAAAAAGGCUCAGUACCAGAUCCAACGCCAAGCAAUUCAAAACCUGACAGUAAUGCAAAAGUCCCGGGUAAAAGAGGACGUCAAAAGGCUGUAACCACCACAAAACAGCGUCUCGCUAAAAUUCUCAAGCUGGACAAGAGUGGAAGAUAUAUGAGAUAAGGGCGAGUGCAGGGCGUAGAAAAAAACUAAUGUUUACUUCAAAAAAAAGGAAUGGCCAGAAGCUUUGAUAUAUAUAUAUAUUUUUUUUUUACUUUGCAUCGCUUUAUUCAGGAACAGAGAAACCUUGGUUUUCGUAUGUUACAUAUUCAAAAUAUUGUUUUAAUGUUGUUGAAGAGUAUUUUGAAAAGCCAUUACCAAAAGAUUUGCUGAAUUACUUGUCAAUUCCGGUGAGAGUACCUCUUGCUUUAGUACUUUCAAGGAGAAUACUUUCUUCUUUUCGAAAUUAAAAAGAGGCGAUCUGAAUCUCGGGUAAUUCUAGUUUUUGGUGAGUUAGUUUAACGUACAAGUCGUCUAAUUUUUCUCACGGCAAAUACUUCAACAAAACGAGAUAGUCAAAUUGUCAAUAACAGAAAAAGGAAAUUGGAAAAUAUCUUUGUAAAUAGAGUUUGGGCUGUAUCGCCGGCAGUAUUUGCGUAUUUUUAAGAUUUGUAACAUUGCCAGAUUUCAUAAAUUUGAAUUAGCAGUAACAUUUACAAAUGGUGGAGAAAUAGCAAGCUUUCUUAAAGUUGUUUAUUUUUGUUUCGGAAAAAAAAAAACAACAACAACUCAACAUAGUUGUAGUAGUCUUCGUUUCAGCCGCUUUUUUGGAAAUGUCGUACUCCAGGAGGAGUGUUGUGUGACAUCCUGGAGAACGGUUGCGAAGGAGGACAUUUCUACAGCAGCCUUGAUUCCUCAUUCCAUUAACCCUUUCACUCGGAAGAGUGACCAAAAUAAAAUUCUUCCUCGCAGUAUCGAAACAUUUACAAGCAGUAAGGUGAUGAGAAGAAAGAAAAAUAACCACCAAUGUAUAUCUCUUGAGUUAUAAGAAAUUUUCAGAGCUGAAACCAAGGUUAUUUAGAUCCUUGUACUUAUUUCGCGCUGAGCAAUACCUGGGCUAAUAGCAUGUUAUAGUAAUUACGCGCAUGGUGCCUAAAAUCUUUUGAAAGAAGGGAUGAAAGGUGAAAUUGAGCUUUACCUUAGCCGUUUUGCUGUGCGAAGUGCUUUCAACUUUAACUGCUCUGCGGUUGAAACUUUAGUUAGAAACAUUUAACUCAAUUGUUCACUGAGUGGUUUUGUCCUAAACGUUUCUUCGACGAAUCCAGUGUAACAAUUCAGUUGAAGGCUUCCAACUCGUGAAAAACACGUCCUCGAAACUAUCUUACAUUUGUGUAUUAAGGUGUAAGUUGCGUGAAAGCAAGCUUACAGAUAAAUUUGAAAUUUUCCCUUCAGUCAUUUUGUAUCCCGCCUUUGGAAUCUUGAUUUCACAUUUUGAAUUUCUUUAGUAGUUUCGAGCCAACAACGAUUUGCCAACAAAAAUAAGAAUUUUUAGAAAGAUAUGUAUUUAAUUGUAUUUAUACUUUAUUUAUAAGUCUGUUCGCAGUCUUGCUUGACUAUGUGUGUUCAAUAAACAUGUUUUUAAUUAAA